GGAUUGGGCACAGAUGAGGAUACUCUGGUUGAGAUUCUGGCCUCCAGGACCAAUAAAGAGAUCAAAGAGAUAAAGAAAGCCUAUAAGGAAGGUGUGUAAUAUGUAAAUAUGUAUAUGUAGAUGUCCUGUACGUGAUGUGAUAGUUACAACAAGCCAAUAAUCAUGGCUUUUUUCAUGCUAGAAUACAAAAACGAGCUGGAGAAUGACAUCAAGUCUGAGACAGGUGGAGACUUCAGCAAUGCUCUGCUCUCGCUCUGCAAGGUAUGUGUGUGUAUGUGUUUAUUUAUAGUUUGUUUAACCUCGGAUGAAUAGUUUGGCACAAUUAACCUCACUGCCCCCUCUCUGUCCCUCAUAUACUGUAGGCUACUAGGAAUGAGGACACCAUAGUGAACCAGGAACUUGCUGACAGUGAUGCCAAGGUAUGGAGGAGAGCAAGAGUGUUUGUCAGAAUUUUUUAAGAAAUGAACGUAGGGCACUGGCACCCAGAGUCAAUGUGUAAUGCAAUCCCUGUGUGUGUGAUGCCUGUGCCUACUCUAUCGGUCCAUAGGCCCUGUAUGAGGCUGGAGAGAAGAAGAAGGGAACAGACUGCUCUGUCUUCAUAGACAUUCUGACCACCAGAAGUGCUCCUCAGCUCCGCCAAGGUGAAUAUGUGAUGGCACAGCUCUAUGUGAGCUUAAGUCUAAUUUUAUAAAAGUACAGACUCAGAGCUUCUGGUAUAUCAUACACUGUAGUUUGAGGAAACAUGGUAAGUUAUGCUGCUUUGAAAGUUGAUAAACUUGUGAAACCACUAAGGGGACAAUUGGGAGAAAUGUCCUUGUUAGAGUGCUCCUCUUAGUUCAUGCCCAUUCAGCAUCGUUCACACUCUCUUAAGCUUUAGCCGCACCUAUUUAUGAAUUCACAUGUAAACGCAUGUAAGUCAGCAUGGCAUUGUCCUCCAGAAACUAGUGUCACUACUUAAACUUUCUCCCACUGAACUUUGUUGAUAAAUAGCACCUGCGAAAUUCACGGCAGCAAUGUUGUUGAGAGUUGCCAGGACCAAGUUUGGGAAACCCUGCUGUAGAGCAAUAGGAUAAAGUGGCUUGCGUUCUGCUCGCCCCAAAAGUUACGCUUCCAGUGUAGCAGGUUAAAAAAACUACUGCUUUUGCGAUGCCCCAGUGUAGCUAUGUUAAGCUACUGGAAUUCUGUUUUCAGUUUUAAAAAAAUCUGGGACAACCACAGAGCCGACUCAGUCACCGGAUUCAUAAACAAAUGCAUAGAUGAUGUGAUACCGAUGGUGUCUUUCAAAACUUACCCGAAUCAAAAACCGUGGAUUGAUGGCAGCCUUGUCGGGAAACUGAAGGAGAGAGAUGCUCCUUAUAAAUACGGCAAGAGACCUGGGACAAUUGUAUGGUUAAACCGAACAAAUACAACAUACGCAGAUCGGUCAAGAUGGCCAGACACAAGUAUAGGGACAAAGUGGAGGAGCAAUUCAGCGGGUCGCACACAAGGUGUAUGUUGCAGGGGCUUCUAACGAUCACGGAUUACAAAAAGAAAGCCAGUCACGUCGCGGACACAAACGCUGCACUACCGGACAAACAUAUUUUUCUCCUGCUUCGAACAUAAUGACUCUGAGCUGCUGAGGAGAGCCCCUGAGGACAACGAGGACUUCACGGAGGACUUAUGUAAGUCAUUCAAGCGUGUUAACCCUUGCAAGGCUGCCGGCCCGGACAGUAUCCCUAGCCACGCCCUCAAAUCAUGUACAGACCAGCUAGCUGUUGUGUUUUCUGACAUUUUGAAUCUCUCCCUAGCUCAGGCUGUUAUCGCCACCUGCUUCAAGAUGUCCACUAUCAUCCCAGUGCCCAAGAAAGGGAAAGUAACUGAACUGAAUGGCUACUGACCCAUAGCACUCAUUUCCGUCAUCAUGAAGUGCAAAGACCCCAUCACCUCCUCCCUCUCCGACACACUCAACCCUCUCCAAUUCGCCUCCCACCCUGACAGUUCCACGGACGAUGCCAUCACCAUUGCACUGCACACUGCCCUCACCCACAUGGACAAAAGGAAUGCAUAGGUGAGGCUACUGUUCAUCGACUACAGCAAAGCCUUCAAUACCAUAGUGCCCUCAUCACAAAUUUCACUACCUUGGGACUGAACUCCCUAUGCAACUGGGUCCUGGACUUCCUGACUGGCCGCCCCCAGAUGGUGAAGGUAGGCAACAUUACCUCCACCACACUGAUCCGCAACACGAGGGGCCCCACAAGGGGGCACCAUUGGGUGUUCAUUGCCGGCCCUCCAGGACACCUACAACGCCAGGUGUUGCAGAAAGGCCAAGAAGAUCAUCAAGGACCUCAGCCACCUGAGCCACAGCCUGUUCUCCCCGCUUCCAUUACUCAGAUGCGGGCAGUAUAUGGAGUAUUAUGGCAAAAACUGUCAGACUGGCCAAUAGCUUCUACCCCCAGACCAUCAGGCUGGGCAGCUACCUGCUCCCCCUGUCCCCCUCCUGCCCUCCUUGCUGCUCCUCCUGUGCAUAUUCUAUCCCCCCAACAAACUUUUACGUACGCUCAAGAAUUUCACUGUACACUACGAUUACAUCUGUGACCCUGUGCAUGUGACUAAUAAACUAAUCUAAUCUAUUCAUCUAAAAUAAUCUUUAGGGGUGUCAAUAAUUUUGACCCCUACCUUUUUGAGAAAAAAAAGUAUUAGCUACUUGCUAAACAAAAUCUAUUUAUCUGAGCAAUAGGACAAAUAUAAGUGCCCACCAAAUUAUUAUUAUUAUUUAAUUACACACACAUCUUUUCUCACCACCUGUUAAUUACGUUGUAGCCCAAUCAAUAGGGUGCUUUGUUUUUGUCAUCAGUUAGACACUGAUGAAUGCUACUAGAAUCUAGAUGUCCGUGGGGUUUUCCCUUUUUCAUACACUGAAUGUGCAACCACACAUGAUUUGAUACUGUGUGAGCAUUUCAAGUACAUCUCUCUCUCUCUCUCUCUCUCUCUCUCUCUCUCUCUCUCUCUCUCUCUCUCUCUCUCUCUCUCUCUCUCUCUCUCUCUCUCUCUCUCUCUCAUCUCCCUCUCUCUCCUCUCUCUCUCUCUCUCUCUCUCUCUCUCUCUCUCAUCUUGUGAGAAGUACUCCAAGUACAGUAAGGUGGAUGUCACAAAGGCUAUUGACCUGGAACUGAAGGGAGACAUUGAGAACAGUAUGAAAAAUGUAUGCACUCACUAACUGUAAAUCACUCUGGAUUAGAGCGUCUGCUAAAUGACUAAAAUGUAAAAUGUAAAUGUAACUGUCUGACUGCCGUAGGUGAGAGAGCACAGCCAGGGUCAAGCCUAGUAAUGUUCCAAUGUCUUCAAAUAAUCUGUGCAUCACCCUCAAUCCAUGUCUUCUGCUGUAUCACACCCUUCACUGGGCAUCAGUCCUGUAACAUUACACUAUGGCCUCAAUUUUCCUCAUGCAGAAAAAGCACACGCUGUGAGCUAAUUAAUGUUGGUCUCUCGAGACUAAAAUUAUCAUAACUUUUUUAAUAGAUGGGAUGGCACAUUAUCCAAGGCACAUUUGCUUUAAUACAACUCCUGCAAUGCACUGGUCAUCUCAUGACCAUUCCGAUACCCUUGCAAAAGCUUUGGAGAAUGCUGCUUCUUGUCUAUGCUGCUCUAUGAUGUCAUCUGACUGAUCUCUUUCAGUGAGUGUGCUGGAAGCAAGCCUGCUUUCUUUGCUGAGAGACUCAACUUGGCCAUGAAGGUGUGUUUACAGUUAAACAUAGUUACAGUACAUUUUAUGUUCCAGAUAAGAGGUUGCCCUGGGUCGUGUUCAUUAGGGUAUGCAACAGAAAAUGUUUUAAAACAUUAAAAAACGAAAAUGAGUGUUUCUUAUCGGACAAAUCCAGGUACAGUGUACCUGUUUGUCUAUUUUCUACCUAAUGAAUACGACCCUGUUUUAAGAUUUGACAAUCUACAGAAGAACACAGACACUGGUUAUGUACAAGACCGCACAAACAGAUCUGGGUUCAAGCUAAGGAGCUUGCACUAUCUGGUUAUAAAUCUUCAGUUUGUUUGCCUGUGCCAUACCCCAGGGUAAAGGAACCUGGGUCAAGAUUUUGACCCGGGUCAUGGUGAGCCGGUCUGAAGUGGACAUGGUCCGGAUCAAACAGGAGUAUAAGAAGACGUUUGGGAAAACCCUCUACCAGGAAAUUCUG